AUGAAGUGCCAAAUCGCAAGCGUUGUGGCCGCUGUCGCGCUGUUCGGCAGUGCCGCUGCCGUGUCGUGCAGCGACAAAUAUCCUCAGUCGUCAGCCUUCUUCGGCUCGAUGGGUUGCGCGUCUGCGCUGAUCUUUGCCAACCUGGGUUCUGCCUACGGCACGGCCAAGUCUGGUGUCGGUGUUGCGCACCUCGGCAUCCUGCACGCCGACCGCAUCAUGCGUGGCAUUGUUCCGGUGGUCAUGGCUGGUAUCCUUGGUAUCUACGGACUGAUUGUGGCCGUGAUUAUCAACAACAACAUUAAGGUGGAGGACAACUCGUACUCAUCGUUUGCGGGCUACCUGCACUUUGGCGCUGGUCUGGCCGCCGGCUUGUCGUCUCUUGCAGCUGGCCUGUCGAUCGGCAUUGCGGGCGACGCGUCUGCGCGCGCGUACGGAAAGCAGGAGAAGAUCUUCGUUGCCAUGAUUCUCAUGCUGAUUUUUGCGGAGGCGCUAGGACUUUACGGUCUGAUCAUUGCGCUUCUGAUGAACAACACGGCCGGCAAGGUGACUGCCGGCUGCCAGUAA